GGCUUUUAUAAAUACAUCUUCACCGGCCAGUAAAUGAAGCAAUAUGCAACCAAGUAGUAUAUAUAUUUUCGCUUACAAUUAAUGGCGGAGGGCAGGAAGCAGAAGAUGGGCAUGAACUUAAUAAUGACGGUCAUGUGGUUGUGGGGGCUAUUGAUCAUAGUUUCUCAUUCCACUGCGGUCGACGGCAGAGAACCUCACGCUGGUCCUUCUGAUUCGCAGAUUGCUCCGCCGUCGACCACAGCAACCACUUUUAACGCUUCGUCGUCAGGCGCUGUCGAUCACCCAACUAAGGAAUACUGGUGCCGGCUGUGCUGCUGCAUAGUCACCAUCGGCCGGGGCGACUGUUGUACGGAUCAUGACUGAAAUUGGGUGACGGUUUGUUUGUUUCGGCCCAAGAUCUGAUACGGCCACCGGAGGGAGGUCGGACACUGUUGUAGCAAGAUAAAUCAAAAUAACAUAUCAAAGAUGGUAGACCUCUAGUGGGAGGGGGAAUGGGAGAAUAGGGGUAUUUCAUUCCUGGUCCUGUGGAUUAGGAAUUUGGUUACAAGAGAGAUUUUUUUGAAGAAGAU